AUGAACGGAUCAGGUAUUGGUAAAAUCGUAACAACAAAAGUAGAGAAAGUAAAGUACUUUUCAAGAUCUCAGAAAGCUGGUAUCAUAUUUCCAGUCGGACGUAUUAAUCGUUAUCUUCGAAGAGGAAACUAUGCAUCACGUAUUGGUCUUGUUGCACCCGUAUAUCUUUCCGCAGUUAUCGAGUAUUUGGUAGCCGAAGUAUUAGAUUUUGCCGGUAAAAUUGCUCAUGGUGACAGGAAAGUAAGAAUUAUUCCUCGCCAUAUUCAACUGGCUAUUCGUAACGAUGAAGAACUGGAUAAAUUAUUUAACCAAGUUACAGUUGCUCAGGGAGGUGUCAUGCCCAACAUUCAUAAAAAUUUGUUGCCAAAGAAAACUAUGAAAGGUAAAAGAAGUGCUUCUCGCUCUGCUCCUUAA